AUGGCUGAAGGCCUUUCUAAUAGUGGAGACCCUGCCAUCCAGGACUUUGUAAAAGACCCGCAGGCAUUUUUGACCCCGUCUGCGCCUAACUCUUUGGCGACGGCCGUUAGUUCCUACAAUAUGUUCCCCCCCUCCCUCACAUUGAAACCUGGUGGUGUACCCGACCAAGGUUACUUUCAAUUCGUCCGCGACGACUUUGACGAUAAGACUCGACGCACAUUCGAGAUCAAAUAUUACGGUGCCGAAGAAGGCACCAACACAGUCUGGGCAUAUAAUCUUGGGUACAACGGUGGUGCGCUGACAUCCCGUACCCCCUCGUUCAUCGAUAUACCAAAGAAAGUGCCAGAGAACACUUUUCUCUUCACUGGGUCCCUCACCGGCUGCUCUGUCAUCGUGACCAACCUCGAUGAGAACACCUAUCGUGUCUUCCAUGACUCCCGUUUUGACAGCUCACUUCUCUAUGACAAUGUAGAGAUGGCUAUUGACUACAGUGGCUAUGUGGUAUCCGACCCUGGUCUUGAUAACCAAGGGAAACUUACCUCCGCUGGUGGGGCAGCCUGCGUGUUUAUGCAGUAUCGCGACGGAAAAUGGAACAUGUUCGUUCAAAAGCAAACACUUGCGUCCGCUCGAAAGCAAACACCUGAAGGAUUAAAGGAUACGACCGUCGUUGUUCCGCGUCGCACCGAGAUAAGCUUUGCUUUCAAGACCGACGACCCCACUAAACCCUCUGUAGUUGAUACUGGCUACUUUCCCAUCAUUGUUUCGCAACCGGGCUCAUACAAUGCUGAGCAAGUCAGAGCGUUGUUUGACACUAGGAGAACAAUAAUUCGAGAGCAGUUAAGACGCGUUGCCAUUGAAGCUCUGCCAGACACCACCAUCCCCGACGUACCUGAUGGCGAAUUCGAGCCGUUUGAGGGAAACAAAAUCAAUCUUCGGAACCCCGGUGUCAGCAGUUCGCAGGCAGUUCGAGAUGUCGUCGAGCAAACCCAGGAUACUGUCAGAAAACAACUUGAAGCAGCCGAGGGUAAUCUUCCACUCGAUGUGUCACAGCUCCAGAAAGUAAACCUCAAGGAGUUGGUAAACCCUACUUUGGGUCAGUCCAAGGACUCUGACAUCCUAUACCUUUGGAUUAAACAAAAGGAAGCAAGAGGAUUAGAUGCGGUAGUCAUAACUGAUGGUCGAUUAGAAGCACCACUUGGCAGCACUGCAGGUGAACGCUUCACUGACCAGCAACUGGACGCACUUCGUGUUGGCAACGGGGACUUCACAGCUGGGUAUGAUAGUUACGAUUCCACUGAAAUACCAGGCUUUGCUAGCAACAUGACAUCAUCGGAGAUGGUCACAUUGUUUGAUGAGUCAACAGACCUCACCCAAACCCAAAGGGGAGCUUUGGUCCAUCACAUCCGUGUUGCUAGCGAACAAGAGUUCCGAGAGUCAGUGUGGCAGAAAACGGAUAAUAUAGUUGGAAUGUUCCAGGAAGCCGGAGGCGCGACAAAGCCCAUGCCACAGGAUCUCCUUCUCAAUGCAAUUCCUGAUGAGUAUGGUGGUCGGUGUUAUCCUUUGGUCCGUGCGAUGUCAGUAGCAUUGGCGCAAUCCGACUUUGCUGUCGACCAACUUGGUAUCAAGCUUGUUUCCAUCUCGACCUCGUCGAACGCAGAUUUGUUAAACGCGGAGCUAUUCAGACAAUGCUUAAAAGACUUGCAUUCUAGCUAUCCUGCCGCCGAAGCUUCAACGCUUGUUGGCCCCACCAAUCUCCAGGAUGCAGUCAGUAAGCUCUCUGCAGAGGAAGGAAGUAGCACAAUCUUUGCUUUAAAUACCAAUAUACAUGCAAUGCUACUCGGAGCAACAAACAGGGGUGGUAAAAUCUCCUACCACUUCUAUGACCCUAACUUUACCCUUGCCACGUUCGCCUCGCAACAGGAGCUGGUCGAUGCUACUACAAAGUUUUUUGUAGAACUCGGAUAUGCCGACAUAUAUGCUGCAGAUGGUACUCCAUCAGAUCCUGUCUUUAGUCUGGUUCAGAUUGACACAGGCAAGAUGGCCCGCAUUGGCUUCGACUUCAAUUUGAACGUCGCGGACUUUCAUGAGUCCGAGACUCUCUCCGAGACCAUCACUAUCAGGGCAGCCCCCGAACUAUACCUUCCCGACCCUGCGCGGUUCACAGAAAAUCGUGCACUCAGUUCUGGAGCAAGUCUCUUGGAAGCUUCAGAGCUCGCAGAGGCAUGGCGUGAUGCCACGGCGAAGCUUGAGGCUAGUACUGGUCUUGGUGAGCAUUGGAUGCCGAUUCUCGAGACCUUGGAAGAUUUAGACAGCGGAGGGUACCGCGUUCAGUUUGUUAAUCUGGAGGACCUUAGUGAAACGCAGUGGAUCAGCACUGACGAUCCAGAGAUCAAGGACUUCAAGGCAUACCUCGAUGAACGCCUCAAAGCUCUUGACCACGCGUAUGAGUUUGAAGGUGGCACCUUUGUCCAGAAGGAAGACGUUACGUCUGCCGAAGCAAUCGAUGGUCUGAAUGCAAUGUUUGUUGUCAAGACGUUAAUCGAGCACUUUAAUAGUAGGAAUAACGCCUCUGAGGGAAACGGGAAUACAAACUCCAAUCUCGCAAUGGCUCUCAAGGUACAAAGCUACCUCAACCUUACGCAGCUUGGGCAGCAGAGUUUAGGCGAUGUUGUCAAGGUUGUUGAACUCACUCAGACCAUCAUCAGGAGCGAGCAAGCGGCUCAGUCCUCAUUAUCGACUGUUGUCAGAGCCUUCGGUCGCAUAUCCGAGGGUGCCGGAUUUCUCUUUGGCGCCGCUAACGUUGUUUUUGAUGCCUACGAACUAUCUAACGCGCAGAACGAAAUACAGAAAGCGGUGUUUGGUACACAGCUCGCUUUUGAUUCAGCUAGCUUCCUUGCAAGUGCAGGUAGCGUGGGCGCAGGGAUGCUGGGAGCAUCCAGUGCCGCUGCUGUCCUGGGUGGGGUGAGUGUGAUUCUAGGAGGACUCGCCUUCGGAUUUGGAGCACUGGCUUCAGCAUUCGGGCAGGUCGCUGAAGAUGCCCAGACGGUGGGUCGGUAUUUCGGAGAUACAGAGGCUGCCUACAAAGCAGGAGGAUACAAAUAUGACGAAGAGCACAAGAUCCUGGUACCUCUUGUAGGCGCAGUCAUAAGCGAGCUCGACUUGACCGGCGACGUCCAGUAUGAUAGCCAAUACAUCUAUCGUACUCAUCAUGGAUCCACGGGUUCGGGUUAUAUCAACUACUUCUUUUGGGUCGGUGACUUUCCGCAGAUGGUCAGAGACAAAUCUCAGGCUAUCAACAUACGCGAGGGCAUUGGAGCCCCAGCUAGUGGUAAACUUGCAAACACCGCAGACUACACGACAGUCAUUUUGCCAGCGACUCCCAAGUCCUACAUCAGCUACGAGUACAUGAUCCUUCCGUUCGCAACAACCCGCCACGACUACGGUUUUGAUAUCAUACGGAGGCUCGAAGUUGACAAGCGAUUCGACUAUGACUUUUACAUCUUUCCUAGUGAGUACCUCAUUCGACGUAUCUCACAUGAAUAUGUUGAGACAUCGGUCGCCGUUAAACUCGAUGGACGACCCGUGCGUGUCCAGGCGCCCUCUCUUCCGGACAACAUGCAUAACGUGUUGAAGUACACGCUGCAGGGUGCAGGUGCUGAUUAUACCGUUGGUCUCAUGGCCGGCGUAGGCAUUACAUUAUCCUCAGUCGAGAAUACACGCUGGAUCUUGGACUGUAGAGACCUCGCCAAUGACACGAUCACUGUCGGAGAUGACACCGUCUCUGUUGGAGGCGUACAGGUGAUAGUUUCAAACCGGGAUUUCUCGUCGAUGCUCGCCAUUAACAAAAACGCGGAGGUGUUACAAGUUGAUUUCGACAAUCACACUACUUUCGUUGUGGAGGAGGAUGCCUCCAAGUUUCCUGCUGGAAAUGAGAAUAUCCUCGCCUAUCUUAAUGACCUCAAUGAUAAGCACUCGCUGCGUGGUAUGUUUAUAACUGUGGAGAACUACACCACGCCUUCGGGGCAGGCUGUUGGCCGUGCCUUUUAUGACAUUACUAAUAAACGUCUGCUUUACACUGUUGAUGCACCCACAGAGCUUACCGAGAAUGUGCAGUUCGGUGCGGAGAUUAGCACAGGCGAGGUGUAUCUCUACAACAUUGAACAUCCUGGUAUCUGGCGAGUGGAUCCUGCAACUGGCACUUGUCUGGCAAAGUAUGAUGCUCUUUGUCCGUCUCCCAACAGAACCUUGAUACGUGUUUGGCAAGAAGAUGAUCAUGCCCAUGCUGUAUUCCGUCACCAGCUCGAGGAAAACAAAUUUGGAGAAUUGACCUACGUUAUCGAAGCCGAUAGCAUGAGGCUUGUCAGCAUAGUCGGAAAUUCCGACUUGUUACUAUUACUGAACCGAUUAGCCAAAUGGAAUCUCUCAAAUGAUAACCUGCUGGCAGCCUACAUCGAUACCGACAAUCCCUCACCUCCCUCCCCGCCCACUGAUUCUCUCCCAGGAGCAACAAUCAAAGCAGAGAUAGAUAGUCAUAUGAUAUCUGUGUUUGGUCAGGCUGAUGAUGGUGUCGCUUACCGAUUCUGGAUUCGUUUUGCGGACGGGGCCAUCAUCAAGCCAGGUUUCACUCCUCCAGCGGAUCUCGUUCUUGCUGGGUUCAUCACCCCACCUCUCGGGAAUGCAGAGGAAUUCUGUUUCUUCUCCCUCGCGGAACAGCGGAUCACGAUCCAGACCAAUACACCGACGCAAACAGUUACACCUGUUACCAUCCCUUCUGAGUUUGGAAAACUUGCGAAUGUGUUUUGUGUUGAUAACGAGCUAUUUGCAAUCACGGUGAUGGGGUAUGUGCUCCGGCUGACCUCACAAGGGGAAUUGUUCCUCGAGGCUGUGAACCGACAAUGGUUUACUCAGUUCCAGGGGUCCGGUGAGCACAACGAGCCUUGGUGGACGGUGUUGAAAAGCUUCGCGGAAAGUCACGGGUCGACAACAGUGUCAAUUCUCGGUCUUCACAGUGUCGACCAUGGUGCAGUCCCUGCCUGGUUCUGUAACGGUAGAAUCGUUAUAACUUCACCCCACCUCCGCGGACAGCAAUUGCAGAUUGCGGGACUGACGAAUGGAGGAGGGGAAGCGUGGUUAUGCCACUGGAAGACCGAGGAAAGCGGACAGCUCUUCAGCCAACCUCUCAUUCCCAAUGAUAAACUUGCAACUGUCCUCUCCCCGACUACACCAGAUGUGAUUUCUGACCAGAUUCCUGAAGGGACUAGGGUCCUGGAAGCGUAUCCGUUCAAGACGGUUUUGAUGACGAAUAAUGGAUUACAGUAUAGCACUACUGACGGUGUUAUCUUUAUCAUCAUGGAUCGGGACACCAUCACAUUGUACGGUGUGGAUAAAUCCUGGCAGGAGAGUCAUCUUGAGAAUUUGGAAGCGGAUUUAGGUGAGCUGGCGAAACAGUGGAGACACGGUGAGGUAGUUGUGAUGCAGGGACUUGUUCCCACCACCACGCCCGCAUGGUACCUAGUACCUGCGGGUAAAAUAGUUGUCGUCACUAACAACAGCAUAACAUGGGGCGAUAAUCCUUUGUGGCUGGGUACCGACCUCAACGGCACCACGGGGUACUUCUACGUAGUUUCGCAGGGUGCGAUAUACAGUAUCGGGGUAGGGGAACCACCUCGAUUACAGCAAUACGUCUCCAUGACCGUGCGGUUCAACGAUCUCCUAGUUCUCAUCCCCCGCCCAGGCGAAUUCUGCGCUUCCAUCGCUCUGUGGAACGUGCGCUACUCUAUGUUGUCCCAACGCGAUGGAACUGAUAACACGCUGUAUUUCCUGCAACAGCCGAGUUGGGCUUAUUACAACGCAAAUGUCGUCGAGUGGAAAGGCCCUGGGACGGUACAGAUCCAGGUGAUGUUGUUCGAAGAUGCUGGAGCAUUGUUGACGAAGAAGAUUGGAGAGGAUCUUGUGAUUUUCGACGUUGCUGCUGAUACUCGGUCUUUGACGAUGCGCAAAGCUUUUCAAGGUGCGGAUACUGGGUAUGGGAAGUUUAAUGUUAACUUUGCUGCUGCGGGUUUGGAUUUUGGUAUCACACCUGCGGUCGUACAGGGUGCGCAAUUGUGGUUGCAGGAUACUGCGAAACUUGAUUACUUGCCUGAUGUUACGGUCAAGACAAUCGGCUAUUAUCUGCAGAAUUCAGGGAAUAUCAGUGUCACUUUUUGA